AGAUUCAAACGACACCGUUUAGAGCCGCCGCCGAGUGGCCACCUGCCACCGUAUUUUUAAUGCUUCCACCGUCUCUUCUAUCAACUCCAACAACACAAGCACUUCACUUUGCUUUACAAUAACUUCUUACUCUUUCAACUGAACAACAAGCUACGAUGCCUCAAGGUCUCGACCUUCCUGGGUUUUAUUAUGAUGCCGAGAAGAACCGGUACUUCCCUAUCAAAGGUCCCAUUCCCGGUACUUCUCGCCCUCGUAUUCCUACUACUUCAACUCAGAACCCUCUUUCAAAUUCUACUCAGCCAGCUAAGUUCUCUUGGACUGGAGAAAGAACUUCGAAAUUGCUUCAGGUCAGGGAAUUGAAUGGUAAUGUUCUGUCUCUCAGUAAAAGGAAGUGCAAGUUUAUGGAGGAAUUUCAAAAGAAGCUAGCUUCUCAACCGAUGGUACUCAAGUAUCAAGGUACAGGACAUAGAGCUGAUGCUGCUUUGCAGCCGGUUCGUGUUAAAUUAUACACAACUACGGGUCAAAAGGAAACUGAUGCUGUAUUAGUUGGUAGUGUAAAUGGCACUUUGAGUUUGUUUGGAGUUGGAAAAGUUGGUUUUGGUUAUGGAAUCAAUUUCCUUCCAGAUCUUGUGUGGCCUCAAGUUAAAGAAAACAAAGCAGAAAGUUAUAAAGCAGCUGAGCAUAUUGGGAUACGUGAAGGAGCUUCAAUACUAAUGUCAUCUAGUCUAUCUUCUAUAAAAUUGCCUAGAAAAUCCUCUUCUUGUGAACUGGAUGAUGAUUUUAACUGCCGACGUGCAGUGGUAACUACUUUGGGAUCAGAGACAUCUGGUGGUGCUAUAUACGUUCUUAGUCUUGAUGAUCCAUUUGAAUUUUCUUCUAGCUCUUUUUCCAUCGGGCAGAGGAUGACUCAAGUUGCUUCUUUCAAUUGUACCAUAUGGACUGCAGAUUGCGACUCUAGUGCAAGCAAAGCAGUUGUUGGAACCAAUCUUGGUGCUGCUAUGGUCAAUUUGGAAACAGGGUCAACAUCAUGGGUGUGCCGUGGUAAAAGUGACGUUUUUGCGCAACAACUUGAUGACUCGGGAAAGGUCAUUUUAUGUGGACUUAGAAACGGAGCGAUUAUGACAGUUGAUGUUCGUGAGAGACCGCAAGGGUCUGCUAGAAGACUUAUUAGACACCGGAUACCUUACUCACCAUUUAGAAGAACCGUUAAAAAUACUAAUAAACAAUGGUUUGAGCUGAGUGGAAACAUUUGUCCUGCACGCACUGCUUUUAUGCCUUCAUCAAUUUCAAGUUUGGUAUCAUUACAUUUCUAUGAUCAGUACUUUCUGGCUAGCGCAAUGGAUGGAUCGGUUAUGCUUUAUGAUCAUCGGCUUACUAAGAGAGGGCCCUUACAAUCAUAUGAAGGGCAUGCAAAUUCUCACACUCGGAUACAGCUUGCCGUAGACCAAUCUGAGAGAUUUGUUAUGGCAGGUGGAGAGGACUGCAACUUAUGUAUUUGGAGUAUCAAAUCUGGAGAACUGCUUUUUCAAGAAAAGGUUUCUAAUUCAGUCCCAUCCACUGCAAGCUGGCGACUAGUCGAAAGGCUUUCCAGAAAGCCAGACGAAGAGCAAAGCCAAAAUGAGCUUCAGUUUGCGGAGAGCCUCAGAUGGGAAGCUUGGUUUGGAUCACGGGAUGGACUGUACCACAUGCACUGGCCCUGAUUCUUCCAUUGUCUUCAAGAUCAAAUAUAACUAAAAAGGAAUGUAGUUAGUCUUCAACUGUUGUAAGCAAGAAAAUUUACAACAUUUUUUCUUUUUCAAUAAUCCUAGAGUCCUUUGGGAAAUUCAGUCUGAAACUGAAGCUCCAGUUAAACCCUACAAUUGAUGGGAAGCUGGAAGCAUUAGAGUAAUAUUUUAUCUUUAAUUUAAAAUUUUCAAACAAAUAUGAUGUGUUAAUGUUUAUAUUUGUGAUUAUAUUCAUUACUAGUACCAAAGUAUUAUUAUUGUAUAAAAUAUCAAUUUUUUGGU